ACGCCUGAGUAUGUGACGUGUGUGUAUUAUGUUCGUCAUUAUUCCUGUGUUAGUUUUGUAGUCACCGUGUUUUUAACUGUAUCGUCGCACAGCAAUAAACUAGGCGGUUCGUAGAGUAGGCUAGACCUCUACAACAUCCGGGCAUUCCACUCAGCCUGCGCAGAAACGGAAUGGCGGAGGUAAGAGCGAAAAAAGCUGGUUCAAUGGGCUCUGGGGAACAGCGAUUCGGCCUAGCGGGGAUCCUCAGGCAUGCUUACGACGAAGUGCAGGAGGAGGAGGAAGAGGAGUGUCCCCAGGGGGUCAAGUCCCUGACAGAGCUGGAGAAGAGCUUGGGCCCCACGCAGGGUAAUGAGAUGCCCCUGGGGGAGCUGCUUGCAUUGUACGGGUACGAGGUGUCGGACCCCAUCCUAGAGCACAGCGGGCAGCCCAGCGAGCCGCCGGCCAGCCUGCCGGACAUGACACUGGACAAGGAUCAGAUUGCGAAGGAUCUGCUCUCAGGGGAGGAGGAAGACGAGGCUCCUUCGUCGGCCGAUGACCUCACGCCGUCCGUGACCUCGCACACCUCCGAUCUCUUCCACCCCCGUCUACACGACGGAGAGAGAGACUCCACAGGAAGUGGCUCUGACGAAGACUCCGAAGGCACCUCCCUCCAGUCCAACGAUGGCAACAAGGAGAUCAUGGUGGGCCCCCAGUACCAGGCUUUGAUCCCGCCCCUCAGUGCUUACUCCCACCAGGACAGAGCCUAUGAGAAUGAGGACCAGCUGCUGUGGACUCCGGGUAGGCUGACGGGUGAGGCGGUGGAGGAGUUCCUGCUAAAGGCUCAGAGGCGUGGGGGUGAGGAGGGGGUUGCUGACACCCCCAUGUCUGGGGACAUUAUCAAGGACAAUGAGCAGGCUCUGUACGAACUGGUCAAAUGCAACUUCAAUGCAGAAGAGGCGCUGAGAAGAUUACACUUCAACAUCAAGGUGUUCAGCGAGGAGCUGUGUGCCUGGAGUGAAGAGGAAUGCCGGAAUUUCGAACACGGAUACCGGGUCCAUGGGAAGAACUUCCACCUCAUCCAGGCCAACAAAGUGCGCACGCGCUCAGUGGGCGAGUGUGUGGGGUAUUACUACCUGUGGAAGAAGUCGGACCGGCACGAGUACUUCACUCAGCAGACCACCCGACUGGGCCGCAAGAAGAGCAGCCUGCAGUCAGAGCCCAUGGAGGAUGGCGAGCAGGACGCUGAAGGAGCCGAGCUGGAGGAGGGGUGCAGCCACUCUCACGGCUUCCCCUGCGGAGCCUCACCCACAAUGCCGCAGGAUUCCCCGCCUGACCUCUUCGACCUGGACAAGCCAGCUGCAGCGUCUCCUGGCUCUGGUGCGGGGGCGGAGCUGGGAGGAGCGGCGUCGAGCCUGCCGCCGCACCCCAGCCCGACAUCCCCCCAGGCACCGCCCGCCAAACAGCGCCCCCCUCCGCCCGCCCGGGAGGACCACCGAGAGCCUGUUACAAACUGCCCCGAAGGCCCCCACUGCCCUAGGCCUGUGACUGCCCUGGGGGCCCAGCUCCGCCCCUCCCAGGGGCCCCCCAGCGGCCCCGCGGGCCCCCAGCUCCUGGGUCCCGGGUUCUACCGGCUGCAGCUGGGGCCCUUCCUGGCGGACGGCGCUCCGGGGGCCCCCGAACACGAGGUUUCCGCCACCUCCGAGUUUGGGGCCCUCAGCAGCUUCCUGCGGCCCCCCGUCCCGCCCACGCGCCCCCUCACACAGUGACGGGCGGAGGAGGGGGGGUGUAGGGGUGGCGGUAUCCGAGGCACAAUUUUUGGGUUAUAGACCUUUCAGGAGCCUGCCAGCUUUGCUCUUCACUGGGAAACAUGGGAGAAGGUCUGAGCACCUGCCAUUGGCCAGGAUGUGU